AACUCCGUCACUGACCGGAGCUUCAGCGCUGGCUGUUCUCCUGCCGCUGCCACCGCUGCUGCUGCUGCUGAAACGGAGUCAGGACACAAGUGACAGGAGGCCAGUGACCGUUUGAAGACAUCUCAAGAUGUUACCUCAACACCUGAAGCAGAUCCGAGUCCUCAUGCUCAAUGACCAGGAGAAUUUGGAGAGGACUCUGUUCAGACUCGAACAAGGUUUUGAGCUUCAGUUCCGCCUGGGUCCGAGUCUUCAGGGCAGAACGGUUCUGGUUCACACCAAUUACCCGCUCGAAGGACACAGUUAUGUGCGAAACACGUUCCGCGUGUUGCCAUGGAAUAACCCGGCGGGGAGGGAGGACGACUCGGAUAAAUUCUGCUCUCUGGACAUCAAAGUAGCCGGGUCCUAUCAGUACUACUUUGGAGUCGGAAACACAGAGCGGUCAGGAGCAGGAUACAUCGUGGUGGAUCCCGUCCUCCGCGUGGGAGCGGAGAACCACGUGCUGCCGUUGGACUGCAUCACCAUCCAGACCUACCUGUCCAAAUGUCUGGGACCUUUCAACGAGUGGACAGACAGACUGAGAGUCGCCAAAGAGUCAGGAUACAACAUGAUCCACUUCACUCCACUCCAGACGCUCGGCGAGUCAAGGUCCUGUUACUCCCUCGCGGACCAGCUGACCUUCAGCCCGGAGUUCAGCCCCAAGGGUCAGCAGACCUACACCUGGACAGAUGUGGGCGCGCUGGUGGAGAAGAUGAGGAGAGAGUGGAACAUGCUGUGUAUCACAGAUGUGGUUUACAACCACACCGCUGCUAACAGCGUGUGGAUCAGAGAACAUCCAGAAUGCGGUUACAACCUGGUGAACUCUCCACACCUGCGUCCGGCCUGGGUCUUAGACAGAGCUCUGUGGCAUCUAACCACCAGAGUCGCAGAGGGACGCUACGAGGCUAAAGGACUCCCCGCUAACAUCACACAAGAGAGCCAACUGACUGCCAUCCGCAGUGUCCUGUGGGAGGACAUUUAUCCUCAGGUCAAACUGUGGGAGUUCUUCCAGGUCAAAGCGAGCAGUGCAGUGGAGGAGUUCAGAAUUGUGCUACAAAGUGGCAGAAAGCCAGACCAUAAGAAGACUGGAGGGAAGAAGGGCCUUAAGAUCAUCCAAGACCCGCAGUACCGUCGCUAUGGCAACACAGUGGACAUGGACUCUGCCCUGGAGACGUUUGUUCCAAACAGCUCCUCCCCUACGCACAUUGAGGAGUGCUGUGAUUGGCUGAAGGAGAAAAUAGAGGCGCUGAAUGCAGAGCAGUACCACAUUGUGGAGCAGCAUCAGGAGCAGGCGGCCAACUGCACGGUGGGAAACGUAGUGUAUGAGCGUCUGGCCGACCAUGGUCCCAAACUCGGUCCCGUCACCAAGAAGAACCCUCUGGUUACCAGGUAUUUCACCUUCCCGUUCAAGGACAUGACUCUGGAGCAGGAGCUGCAGCUGCUGGACAAACCUGACAAGAUGUGUCACUUCCUGGCUCACAACGGCUGGGUGAUGGGCGACGAUCCCCUGCGCAACUUUGCCGAGCCAGGUUCUAACGUGUACAUACGCCGCGAGCUAAUCUGCUGGGGCGACAGCGUGAAGCUGCGCUACGGUCAGGGUCCCGAGGACUGUCCGUACCUGUGGGCGCACAUGCAGAAGUACACCGAGAUCACGGCCAAGUAUUUCCACGGAGUCAGACUGGACAACUGCCACUCUACACCUUUACAUGUCGCUGAGUACAUGCUGGGCGUGGCCAGAAACGUGUGUCCUAAACUGUACGUGGUGGCUGAGCUGUUCACCGGCAGCGAGGAGCUGGAUAAUAUCUUCGUUACCAGGCUCGGCAUCACGUCGCUCAUCCGAGAGGCCAUGUCGGCUGGAGACAGCCACGAGGAGGGACGACUCGUCUACCGCUACGGAGGCGAGCCGGUCGGAGCCUUUGUUCAGCCCAGUCUCCGCCCACUCAUGCCAUCUAUCGCCCAUGCCAUGUUCCUCGACGUAACCCAUGACAACGAGUGUCCCAUACAGCUGCGCUCAGCUCUGGACUCUCUGCCCAGCUCUGCCAUCGUCUCCAUGGCCUGCUGUGCGACUGGCUCCACCAGAGGAUAUGAUGAGUUAGUGCCACAUCAGAUCUCUGUGGUGAAGGAGGAGCGUUUCUACCCCAAGUGGAACCCCUCUGCGGUCCCCUCCUCCACCGGUGAGGUCGGGUUUCAGAGCGGCAUCAUCGCCGGGAAGCAGGCUCUCAACAGGCUGCACCAGGAACUGGCAGCAGAGGGAUUCAUACAGGUGUACGUGGACCAGGUGGAUGCGGACAUCGUCGCAGUGACCCGUCACUGUCCCAGCACGCACCAGUCUGUGGUGACCGUGUGCAGAACGGCGUUCUGGGAUCCUAAAACCCACACGUAUAACACCAACAUCCCGCCCAUGUUCAUACCAGGUAAAAUCGAGGAAGUGAUACUGGAAGCGAGGACGGUAGAGAGAGCGGCUGGGAGUUAUGAGAAGGACAAAGACUACAUCAACGGUUUACCACAGUACACUGUGGAAAUAAAAGAACAUAUACCGUUGCAGGAGAGCGCGGUGGUGAAGCAAGCCGAGGUGACGUCUAAAGGACGAUCAGAGUUUGUGGAGGAAAUCAGCUUUCAGAAGCUGACACCAGGGAGCGUCAUCGCUUUCAGGAUCAGUUUGGAUCCCAAUGCUCAGAAGGUGGUCGGUGUCCUGAGACACUAUCUGUCCCAGUUUAGCCCCAAGUACAGGAGAGGCAGCGUCGUGGAUGAAAAUCCACCAGAGAUUCUCCUGAAGCCUCUGGCACAGCUGAUGUCCAAGCUGACGUUAGCAGACCUGAAUUUCCUGCUGUUUCGCUGCGACUCUGAAGAACAGGAAGACGGCGGAGGCUGUUACUCCAUCCCAGGGUGGGAGAAGCUCAAAUAUGGUGGACUUCAAGGUCUGAUGUCAGUGUUUGCUGAUGUCCGUCCUAACAACGACCUGGGUCACCCUCUGUGCGCUAACCUCAGACAAGGAGACUGGCUCAUAGACUUUGUCUCUAACAGACUGGUUAACAGAGAGGAACCAAUGGCGCAGGUGGGUCAGUGGCUGACGGCCAUGUUUUCUUACUUGAAACACAUCCCACGCUACCUCAUUCCCGCGUACUUUGACGCCAUCGUGGUGUCGAUCUACACCACCGCUCUGGACGCCACCUUCAAACUCAUGUCCAGUUUUGUCCAGAAUGGCUCCACCUUUGUGCGACACCUGGCUCUAGGUUCUGUGCAGAUGUGCGGCGUCGGACGUCUCCCCGCUCUCCCGCCACUCUCUGUGAAGAUGGCGGACGUUCCCUAUCGCGUCAGUCCGACCACGGGCGAGAAGGAGCAGUGCUGCGUCUCACUGGCUGCAGGUCUUCCUCAUUUCUCCUCUGGGAUUUUCCGCUGCUGGGGCAGAGACACUUUCAUCGCUCUCAGAGGACUCAUGCUACUCACUGGGAGACACAUUGAGGCUCGCAACAUCAUCCUGGCCUUCGCGGGGACGCUGCGUCACGGUCUGAUCCCCAACCUGCUGGGCGAGGGUCGCUGUGCCAGAUACAACUGUCGUGACGCUGUGUGGUGGUGGCUGCAGUGCAUCCAGGACUACGUUACCCACGUUCCUCAGGGUCAUGAAAUCCUGCGCUGCCCAGUUACGCGCAUGUACCCGACUGAUGACUGUGAACCCUGCAAACCUGGAGAGGUGGAGCAGCCUCUGCACGAUGUUAUUCAGGAGGCUCUACAGCGACACCUGCAGGGCAUUCUGUACAGAGAGAGAAAUGCUGGACCCAAGAUCGACAGGAACAUGAAAGACGAGGGCUUCACCGUGUUUGUGAAGGUGGAUCCGGACACGGGCUUUGUCAGUGGAGGGAACCGCUUUAACUGCGGCACGUGGAUGGACAAGAUGGGAGAGAGCGACAAGGCCAAGAAUACGGGCAUGCCGGCUACACCCAGAGACGGAGCGGCGGUGGAGAUCGUUGGACUCAGUAAGUCGGCCGUUCGCUGGGUUGUGGAGCUUCGUGCCAAAGGAAUGUUUCCAUAUGAUGGAGCGACAGUACAGAGAGACGGGACGGACGUGUUUAUCUCAUACGCUCAGUGGAACCAGCAGAUACAGCAGACCUUUGAAGCAGGUUUCUGGGUCUCCGGAGAACCCGAGGACCCCAAUGAGAAACGCCCAGACCUGGUGCACAAGAAAGGCAUCUACAAAGACAGCUACGGGGCCUCCAGCCCCUGGUGUGACUACCAGCUGAGACCCAACUUCACCAUCGCCAUGGUGGUGGCUCCAGAACUGUUCACAGUGGACAGAGCCUGGAAAGCUCUGGAGAUGGCUGAGAAGAAACUGCUGGGACCACUGGGGAUGAAGACACUCGACCCAGAUGAUAUGGUUUACUGUGGCGUCUAUGACAACGCGCUAGACAACGACGACUACAACCUCGCCAAAGGUUUCAACUACCACCAAGGCCCGGAGUGGCUGUGGCCUGUCGGUUACUUCCUGCGAGCCAAACUCUACUUUGCGAAGAAGCUGGGAGACGUAACCUACGGCAACACAGUGAACUUGGUGAAAAACGUACUGUCACGACAUUACACCCACCUGGAGAAGUCUCCGUGGAAGGGUCUGCCAGAGCUGACCAACCAGGACGGUCAGUACUGUCCGUUCAGCUGUGAGACACAGGCCUGGUCUCUGGCCACCGUGCUGGAGGUCCUCUACGACCUCUAGGUGACCCCCGCACCUCUGACAUCACUUCCUGUGAUCAGAGUGGUCUCUCUGUGCUGCAUUCAUGUACAGUGGGGGUAAAAUGUUGUUUUGAACGUUACAUGACUUUGGACAGGAGGUGGUUUGACUUCAUGUCUUUAAAAUUAAAGGGCCAGGGGGGGCUCGUUUUGCUUUUGUCACUAAUUCUCACACACUGGUCCUUUAAGAGCUUUAUAAUUUAUACGAUAUAUUUAAUAAAAAUGAAAUUAUCUUCAAAUAGAAAGGCUCAUAUUUCUCCCACCGUGACAUGAAUGCAGCAUAUUUUACAGGUGGAGCCGCUGUGUUGAGAUGUUAUCAGAGCAUAAAUGGUGCUAUAGUGUUUCUGUAGUGUUAAAACUAGGGCUGUCAAUACAUAAAGGGAAAUAUGAAUAAUUGAUGUUUUAAUGUAAAAUAAUAAGAUUUAACGCAGAGUUUAACACAAAAACAAGCAUAUUUAAAUUCAGAUACUGUUGUUUAAGAGAGUUUUAAAGUUUAAAGAGAUUCUCUCCUGUGAAAUCAUCAUAUGUAAUUAAUGUACGUUUUCAUCCAUUGGCAGGAAAAAAACUAAACCCAGAACAAACUAAAAAGAGCUUAGAAAUAAUUAAAAGAAGAAAGUAAUUUCUUGUUUGUGCUCGUAUGCUGCGUUCCAUUUGUAGUCCGAACUCGGAAUAUUCAAUGUCUCUUAUACCCCGAGUUUAUGAGUAACUUUAUAUUUAAACUUAGACACACAACACAACGUCAAGUGUUGUUUGUGUUAGUUUCAGACUUCUGAUGUACGUGGAACGCAGCAAAUAUUGUCUCAUGCGCCGUGGAGGCGUUGACUGAAAAUGCUUCCCAUUCUCUUUAAACGGCAGCAUCGUUGUCGUCAAACCUUUACUGAACUGCAUUGUGGGUCCUUCACUAAGCGAAAUUACUCACAUUAUGCAAGUAUUAUUCCCACACAGGCGUUUAGCUGAUCAAAUUACGCUUACGCCUGAUCUCCCAAAUUGCUUUUUGUUUUUUACAACCAUCAUUGUAGCAAAAUUAGCUGCUACGAAGUUAGCCGUGACAGCUUUGUAUCGCCUACAUGAGAGAGUUCCUCUCAUGAUUAUUGUAUACAAUCGGAGGUCUCGGGACAAAAGCUACGAAGUCGACAAAAGCCGCUCUGCUGACGUCCUGAUAACCCGCCUCCAGCAUUAAGUGUCCGGUCUGCUUAUUGUCAAGUGAGCGCAGACUGCAGUUACCAUUCUUUAACAGUAGAGUGCACUGUCCUUACUCGCAGAAGUCCUUACUCAGCCUUUAUUUGUCCACUGGAGCAUUUUCAUCUUUCGUGUCCUGAUGCACUUCAUGUUGUCAUCAUUGUCGUCGUCUUCAAUGCUAAUAUUGUGUGUUAGCUUACACGUGUCGCUAGGUCUGUCAGACCACUUUUUAAAUUGCGAUUAAAGUGCGGUGGCUUCUUCUUCUUCUUUGGAUGGUGUCGUGGUGAAAAAGUAAACUUUUUAAAACAUGAAAAUUAACAAACAACUAAUGUGUUUAAUUCUUGACAGCACUAGUUUAAUUAUUUGUGAGCUGAACUGGUUUCGGUCCAGUUUGUCGUUGAAUAGUAUUGAAACCAUUAACUAUGCAUUAACGCACUUUGACCCCACAGCCAGGAGUUUUAUUAACAAACACUUAAACAACUUUGUUAUUCUUUUUAGAUCAUGUGACUGAUCGAUCAGACACUGGCUGAAUAGUUGCCUUCAUAUGCACAAACAUAUAUAAAUAUAUGUAUACUGUACGUCUUCCUGCUGUUUCCACUUGAAAGCUGCUUUGUGCUGAGUCAUCAUUCACUGCUGUGUGCAUGAAAGUCGUUUUCAUUUUAGUAUGUAGUGUGACUUUGCUGUAGGUCUGUGGUCGCUCUGCAAAUGUAACACAGAGCAAAUUAUUUCAUCAGCAUUUCCCUAAAAAGUGAGUUAAAGAUACUAAAGAAAACACUGUAAACAACACAACACGUGUGAGUGUGUGUUUGUGGUUUGACGUCUUUGUCUGUGUGUAUCUGCGCUAACAUAUUUGUGUCUUUAAAGUCCUCUUUGACGUAGUGUA